UGUAUAAGAAAAGCAUACGCAUAAGCAUAGUAUAAUAAAUAGUAGAGAGUAGAAUGCACAGGAGAAUCAGAAAAUGGAUGACAGUAGAAAUGAAGUAAUACAAAACGACUAAAAAUAAGAAAAGAAGACACAGUGCUCAAGUUGAAAACUCACUCUAAAUGAAAAAAUAAAUAAAUAAAAUAGCAAAACAUCACUUGACAGUAAAUAGAAUGGAAACAUAUUGAAGCAAAUAAUAAAUAUUGCGGCUAAUUGCUUUUAAAUUGCUUUUGCGAAUGAGAGAAGUGUAUGUAUAAAGAAAGUGCUGUAUUCAUUGAUUUUGUAUGCGAAAUGUGUUAUAAGCAGAAACUUACUGUGUUUAUAAGCUAAACGUCUAAGUUGUAUGCCAAGCAUUGUUUGCAAAAAAAAAAUCGCAACGUUAACAAAAAAUAAAUAGAUUGCGUAAAAUGUCAACGACACCAAAGACUUCUUGUAUUCCAUUGCGAAGUCCAACACCUCCGUUGGAUUCAUCGAGCGAUGAAUUGAACGAAUUGUCAUUGGAUCAAGAAUUGGCUCAAAUGGAGCGGCCACAUUUUUUAGACUACAUACAUCCGUAUUCAAUUGAAUCAACCAAUGAUCAACCGCCACCAAUUCCACCCAGACAUCCAUUGACAAAUAGUUUGCCAUUGCCAUUGAAUCGCAAUCGAUCAUCGAUACCAGUCAAAAUGAUUCGCAGUGCUGAUAAUGUGCCAAUGUACGAUGCAAACGUGCCAUCUGCAUCACCAAGUCAAAGUGGUGGCAGUGCUAAAAAGCAUUUUUUGGAUGAGAAUCCAAUACGACCCGACUAUGAAUAUGACCGUCCGCCACAACCGACAAGCACCGACCGUCUUUACGAACGUAAAGAACACCAUCACCAACAACAGCAACGAGACAAUGUGAAUGCCAUUAAAAUGCAAUUUGAUGGACGACGCCAUACGGUCGAUCGACAAAAGCAAAAGAAAUGCAAAGAACCGAGCUACACAUUGUCUCGAUUCUUGGAAACAGAUGACGCCAUUAAUCAAUUUAACGAUAAUGGAGUGCAAUUGGGCGAUGUAAAUCUCAGCACCAAUUCAUUGACGGAUCGUAGUGGUACACAAAAUUCGAACGUUGACUAUGUAUAUUCACUGUUAUCGAUGAUUGGAUGCAACAAUCCAGUUGAAAUGUCAAAAAAGUUUUUGGAAUUAUCGAAAUCGCCAAAUACAUGUGCCACCUUACGACACUCGCAAUGUAUUCCAUUGCUUGUUCAAAUGAUUCACUGCAGUGAUGAUGAGUUGACCAGACGACAGGCACGGGAAGCCUUAAGAAACGUUGUUAAUUAUUUGCCAGACGAUAAAGUUGGCCGACGAGAAGCAAAGGUAUUGCGAUGCAUCGAACAAAUUAUGGACUAUUGUGACUUGAUGAAAAAGUCCAAGGAGAAUGAAAAUAGUACCAAAGUAGUGGAAGGUGAAAAUCAUUCACUGUCAGCGAUGGGCCUAUUGAUGAAAAUUAGCUUCGAUGAAGAAUUUCGUCAUUCGAUGUGCACACUCGGCGCUCUACAAACCAUUGCGAAUUUAGUUUAUUGCGAUCAUGCUGUGCAUGGAACAAAUCCAAAAGACCCAAACUGUAUAUCGCUGCGACGAUAUGCCGGUGUUGCGCUCACGAACAUGACGUUUGGUGAUGGCAACAAUAAAGCAAAUUUAUGUGCCAAUCGAGAUUUCAUGAAAGCAUUGGUUGCCCAAAUCAAUACAGAUGCUGAUGAUUUGCUACAAGUGACGGCAAAUUGUUUACGUAAUCUGUCGUGGCGUGCGGAUAACAAUAUGAAAACCGUUUUAAAUGAAAUUGGUACCGUAACGGCAUUGACAUUGGCCGCAAUGAAAAAGAAAAAUGAAAAUACAUUGCGUGCGAUUCUAUCGGCGCUAUGGAAUUUAUCGGCACACAGCCAAAAUAAAGCUGAAUUUUGUAAUGUAGAUGGUGCAUUGGCGUUUCUCGUUAAAAUGCUUACGUAUGAAUCGCAAACAUCACCAAGAAAUGUCUCAAUUAUUGAGAAUGCAGGUGGAAUUUUGCAUAACGUUUCCAGUCAAAUUGCGGUGAAUGAAGAUUACCGCAAAAUUUUGCGUCAAGGAAAUUGUUUGGGCAUUUUAUUGGAACAAUUGAAAUCGGAAAGUUUGACAAUUGUAAGUAAUGCAUGUGGCACACUAUGGAAUUUAUCAGCUCGAUGCCCUGAAGAUCAAACGUUUCUUUGGGAUAAUGGUGCAGUUCCAAUGCUUCGAUCGCUCAUUCACUCCAAGCACAAAAUGAUUUCACACGGUAGUAAAGUUGCACUAAAGAAUUUGGUGAACUUUCGACCAGGCGGAAUGAAUCGAAGCGGACUGGAUCCAGUUGCCAAAAUGAUGGGACUGACCGAAUUGCCAACGUUAAGCGCACGAAAACAACGUGCGCUUGAAGAUGAAUUGGCUGAGAAUCUAUCGGAGACGUGUGAAAAUUUUGAAGUAACUAAAACGCCACCACUACAUCAUAAGGCAGCCAAAAGUUUAAUGGUGUUAGAACGAGAUCAACAGUAUAUUGAACGCAGUUUCGGUAACUUAUCACUGCAAUGCAAUUUGAACGAAACAAGUGCCAAUUCGAAAUCAAACAGUAAGGACUUUUGGGAAACGAAACAAUUUCCAUCAAAUGAUUUUAAUAUAAAUCAAGCGCCAGUACAACAUCCAACUGGUACAAUACCAAAACGAUCCAUUCAAGCUGAAGCCAAUGCACCCACAGUCGUCCGAAAUGAUUCGGAUCAAAUUACAAAUUUCUCAUUGGUUUAUUCAGAGAAUCAUCCCGAGAAUCGGGAUGUUAAAGAGAAAAAGAAUCGAUCUUUUUCGAAUGCCGAAGAAGAUACGGUUAAGUGUUAUGUGAACGAAGAUACUCCAAUGAUGUCGACAGCAACAUCAAUAAGUGAUCUUCCAAAGCACCACAUUUCGCACAAUAAUAUGCAUCGACAUUUAAAGAAUGGACGCACAACAACCGAAAAUUCGGGCAUUAAUACACCGGAGAAACCGAUUAACUACUGCGAAGAAGGAACGCCAGCCUAUUUUAGUCGACGUGAUUCGUUUAGCAGCCUUCAUGAGGAGGCUGAAUUUAUUCAAGAUGACAUUGAUUCAGAGCACAAAUCAAAUCAAAUCAACAUUUUGCCAGCGCACAGUAACAAUGCACCAAAUGAUCAAAUACGUAGUGUAGAUAGAGGUCGACAAGAUUAUGAAAAUAAUGACAGUAACAAUUGCACGGUUCCAACGACGCCCGGUGAAUGUGCCUCGAAAACGGUGACAUUUAACGAAUUCAACUUGGAAACACCGAUGAUGUUUUCUCGUCAUAGUUCAUUAGGCUCACUUGCUAGCCAUGAACCACCAUUAAAUGAUGACAUUGGUUCGGUUGUUAGUGAAACAAGCCGUAUGCCAAGUGGAAUCAUUUCACCGUCUGAAAUUCCUGAUUCGCCGUCACAAACGAUGCCACAAUCGCCACGACAAAAGCAUUCACGUGAAAAUGCAGCCAACCAACGUCGUUUACCAUUCGACGAUGAAGUUCGGACAUUUGGUGUCGAGAAUACACCGGCGUUAAUAUCAUGCGCUACAAGUUUAAGUAAUCUCAGUUUGGACGACGAACCGAAAAUUGCAAACGACUUGUUAAUCAAAGAGAUGAGAUUAAUGCAUCAUUUAUCAGAUGAACAGGACGACGAACCAAAUCCAAUUGCAUCAACAUCAGCUGACCAGAAUGAUGUUGAUUCAAAUUUGAUUUCGAAUGCAAUUGCAGAGAAUUGCGAUGCUGGAGAAGCACUUUCCGACUCAGAUGAAUCCAUCAACGACGAUGAUAGCCUCCUCAAAAAUUGUAUAUCGAUGGGAAUACAGGCGAAAAUCAUUGAACCAGAUAUCAAAUCACCACCUGCUCUACCUGAACCAAAUGACAUAUUGCCAGACGAUUCAAGUUCCGAAGAUGAUGAUCUCGGUGGGAGUGCAGCCGAUUUAUUGGAGCAAUGCAUUCGAUCGGGCAUCACGAAGAAAGCAAUCAAACCAGAAACCUCAGGAAUACCUUCAGGAAGUAAAUUGAAUAGGGGAAUUCGAUUGCCGCCACAACAAAUGAUCAACAAAGAAAAUCCAAUCGGAAUGUUGCGCAAAGGUGGUAAUUCAUUCAUUGAAACAAAUUACGAUGAACCAAAUCGCUUUCAUAUUGAAGAUAGCCCAUGCAAUUUUUCCAUUGCGUCCGGUUUGUCCGAUUUGACGGUGGGAUCGGAAAUGCUUAAAGUGAACCGAUUUAUACCAAGCAUUCAAUCAGACAUCAAUGAGGAGACCGAUGGAAAUUUAAACGAAAAUUGUUCUCUUAGUCCAAUAUCAGUAAAUUCCGAGGAAAAUCGUCAUUUGCUAAAUCAGGCGGUUGCUGCUGGUAAAGCUCGAAUUUUAUCACGUGAACGAGCAUCAAACGCGACUUCAUCACAGAGUUCGAGUGCGGCAACUGUACAACAUGUGAGUACGGUUAAACAGCCAGAUUCCGAUACAGAAUCAGAUGAUUCAAACAGUUCAAUCAGUUCGAUCGAUUCGAAUGAUUCAAAUGCAAUGAAUCUGCUGCAAGAGUGCAUCAAUAUGGGUAUGAGCAAAGUCGCUGUAUCUCAAACAAAAACAUCAUCAAAAUUACCAUCUACAAAAUUGGGUGCUGCUGCAAGUGUAAAUCACUCAAAAAAAUCACAUUUGCCUACACUGAAAGCGUCCGCACAGCCAACAUCGAAUCAUCGAUCACGUUCUACGAAACGUGAAGAUGACAAACAAUGUCUUUACGAUUGCAUUAAUGCUGGCAUCGAAAUGAAUGUCCGUUCAAAAUCGACUGUCAUCGAAAAAAGUUUACCAAAUUUACCAAUAAAACAUCGCCACGAAUCAUCAUCGUCGCAAUUGAAAUGUUUGCCGUCAAAAAACGUACAAACUACGUCUGCAACUGUACAGAUAUUACAUACUGCCGGUGCCACAGACGUAGUGACGGACACACGAAGAGGCACCAUCGCUUGCGCACCCGCUCAACAUCAGCCGGUCGUCAAUUCAGCAUCAUCAAUGAUUUCGAAGAACGAACGCGACCAAAACAUUAUUCAUAUAACCGACGAUACUUUCGAAAUAACAGCAACACCAACAACAACACAAAUGGCAGCAAUCGAGACUGGAUAUAACAAUUUGGAAUUGAAUACAUCCACUAUGUCGACGAAGAGCCAUAACAGUUUCAACAUGGGCGAACUAUCUAAGGAAUUGUCAUUGCUCGAACGUUCUAAUGAAUAUCCAGCUCAAUUGGGACAAAAUGAAAGUAUUUACGAUUCGCAGCACAGUUCAAGUGUGGACAUGGAAGUGUCAAAUGAAUGUUUGUUUGAAAAUUUAUCACCACCCAAAAUGGACAAGCACAAAGACCCCAAUUUAAUGCUGCAAUCCGUUGAACGGUUGACACAUGAAUUGGUUUCAACGGCUGAAUAUUUGCGCACAGCAAAUUCAUUGGACGAUGACAUUACAAUCACAGAGUCGAAAAAUACGCUUAGCGAGUCUAACAAUACAUGGAAUGAAGAUACAAAUCCAAAUGCCAUUCCAUUUCCGAAAAUGAGCAAAAAAGCUCCGGUAAUUGCAUCCAUGGACGAUGAUACAACAAUCAGUGAACUGAAUGGCAGUCGAUACGAGAUGGCCAAUUCCGAAUUCAUUGAAGAUUCAGCACCCAACAAUAAUAGAAUAAUGAUUGAUUCGAAUGGAUUACGAUUUGAAAUUGGUGGCAAAGUAAACAUGAAUAGCGGCACAUUCAAUUGCAAUGGAUUCGAUUCGAAUAGUACCACAUCUACAAUGACCAAUUCAACGAUUAUUGCAAUCGAAGCGAAUAAAAUUCGAAGUCAACUGAUGAAAGAGAAUAAAACUGACAGCAUGAUCAGUUUGGAUAAAAUUCGUCCGCCCUCCGUUAUGGAUAAAAUGAACAAUUCCAGUUGUUGCGAUUCCUUAACCGGCGGCGCAUCGUCAUUGAAUCGUUCGCCAGCACGAUUUCUCACCCAAGGAUUUAUGGCACGACGAGCCUUAAACAACAAUGGCAAUAACAGUAAUCUUGGCAGCACUGAUAGCAUUAAUUCAAGCCUUAAUUUAGACAAAGUCAAACCACCAUCAAUAAUGGACGAUUUACUUGAUUCAAUGAUAAGUGUUGAUAGCAUCGCAUCCGAAUUGGUUGAACAACCACCAUUGCAACAACAACAGCAGCAUGAAGAACAAUCAAACUAUGAAACGGCGUUUAGCGAAUGCGAUGACAUGACACAAACGUUAAAAAAUUGCGCUGAUUUACCAUUUGACGAUGGCAAUAGUAGUACACCGUGUGGUUCGGAUUUCAGCAGCGUUGAAUCGACACCGAAAAAAGGACGUCGAUCGUUAACACCACGACGUAAACGACAACUUACCAAAGAGCGUUAUCAAACGUACACCAUUUCGACGAAUAACGCAGAGGCGCAACAACAGUCGGAAAAUGGUGUGGAUGAAGCCAUCCGGGAAAAACAUGGCAUAUUUGAAAUGGAUUUAUCCAAUCAUACACUUUUGAUCAAUGGUAAUGACAGUGAUGCGAUUAGCUUGGUUUCAUCCGACGGUGAAAUGUCAUCGAUUCGUGCAUUCACAAAGAAUCUCCCCUUUCUGAAUGAUAUUAGCAUCCAUAACGAUGUGAGCGUUCACAAGGAUUUUAGCAUAAAUACAAACACGUACACAAAACUACCACGAGGCAGCAUUCAAAAUUGCUUGCAAUCACCAAUGCCAAGCGGUGAUUUCUAUGAAAGUUUACCAAUGGAUAAACCAUCGUCCAAUACAAGUAGCAAAACAUCUUCGCCAAAUCGUAACAUCACAAAAUCACCACGAGUUAUUAAGCCGACUGUCAGUACGAUGGCGGCGACAGAAAAAAUCGAUUCAUCUAAUCAACCGGAUGAACCAAAAGUAAUUCGUGGUCGUAAAAAACCAGCAUACAUAUCACCGUAUUCAAUGGCAAAACUCAAUAAGUCUACGCCACAGCCGAAAGAGAUCAACAAACCAAAAUUACCGAACAAAGUUGUGUCACCAAAAGUGGAGCCAACCAAAACACCACCGAUAAGUUCAAAAACGGUUGAAAGCAAAGCCAAAUCAUUCAUUCAACGCAGUGCUGAAUCGUUGAAGAAAAUGCGACCAACAUUCACAUCAAAAUUGAGCAAACAAAGUCCAACCAAGAAAGGCGAGAAACAAUUAUUGGACCGUCAGAAAUCGUCUGAUUCAACAAAAUCAUCCGAAACGCUGGUCCGUCAAGGAACAUUCAUUAAAGAUGAACCAUCAUCCGAAGGGGAAAUUCCGGUGAUCGUAUCCGAACCCACAUCACCGAAAAAAACCAAAACACUAGUCUCAAGAAUUCCAUUCAAUCGUGCUACAUCGCUGCAAGCAUCCGGAGUUACGAAAAGCAAUACAAACAUUGAAAUUCCAUUGCAGAAAAAUGCGUCGUCCACAUUUAUUCGGCGAACAAUAAAAAGUGCAUCAAGCACAUCACAAAUAUCAUCGUCAUCAUCACGCGGAUCUCUAUCGCCACGCCAAAGUCUUGAUUCACCAUCAACUAGUAAAAGUAUAUUUAAUCGGUGGACAAAUACACCGAAUAAAAAGAUAUCGCCGCUACCAACCACGGCUACGAAAUUAUCUAGCACAAAAACUACUAGUCGCGAAUCAAUUGGCAGCUCAGUUGGUGCUGCAACAAAAUCAACUGGUAAGAUAAUAACAAAAACAUCACCAGCCAGCAAAGCAUCAAGAAUUAUUACACCGCGUACCAUUUCAACGAAUGGCCGAACCAUGAAAGUGUAAAUCUUCGCCUAGAAGGGGAAGAACAACAGCAACUGGGCGAGUAGCGAAAAUAUAUUCAAAAAGCGUUUAUUUUGUU